UCCUAUAUAAAGCAAUAACCAUAGUGGACCUAACAUUUUCCUUUUCUCUCACAAACGUAUCAACCACUCUCUUCAUCGUCUUCCAUGGCCGCAAGGAAGAGCUUCCUCUUCUUCGGAGUCCCGGAGAGCAUAACUCCGAUGACGCCCUCCGGCGCUCCGCAGUUCGAGUUCGAAGAGUCCGACGUUUGGAGCAACAACAGCAGCAGCAGCGUAGUUAACGACGGCGUAUCCUCGUCCGACAAUACCAGACGGUCGUCCAUACCGAGCUCGCGUGCGGCGGCGGCGAAGAAGUCGUCGGCGGCGGCGGUGAAGGCGAGAGGCGUGGAUCGUCCGGCGUCAUUGCCGGUGAACAUACCGGACUGGUCGAAGAUCCUGGGAGGCGAGUACAAGGAUCGCCGGCGAGAGAGCGACGAGGAGGAGGAGGACGACGGCGACGGCGACGAUCGAGUGCCGCCGCACGUUUACCUGGCGAGGACUCGGGUGGCUUCGUUGUCGGUGCACGAAGGUAUUGGGAGGACUCUGAAGGGGAGAGAUUUGAGUAGAGUUAGAAAUGCUAUUUGGAAACAAACUGGUUUUGAAGAUUAAGUAAUUAAUUAAUUACCAAAUUAGGAUUAAUUAAGGGGAUGAAAUGAUAAUGGAGGAGAAGAAUAGAAAGAAGAUCGCUCUCUACCCAAUAAUUUUUUUUUUUUUUUUUUUGGUGUGGUUCUGAAAUUGAUCCUCUGGGUUUGUUAGUCAUUUUAUUGAGACUUCAAAAUCAGAGGAUUCGAUCAUCUUUAUCGGAUCUAUGUAAAUGUUACCCAGAUUAUAUUAUAUUAUGUAUGGAAAUUAGUGUUUUCGUAUUUGAUCUCA